CCCAGGCCACGCGGCCGGGGGGUGGGAUCGGUGAAACGAGGCUCAUGAACCCGUCCAAUCCCCCAGUGUCGUAGCCAUCUCCGCUCCAGCGCGCUCGGCUCAAGCUGCUUUCGGGGGGCCUCGCCGCGCCUGGUCGCCGCACAUCCAGAACGCAGACCAUGAUUGCACACACGGUGCUCCUGCUGGUCUUCCUGCAGUCGGGGGCGGAGCUCCUGCCCGGCCCCGACGCCUGCCUCAUCCAGACACUCUCGUCGGCCGAGGGCGCCGAGCGGCAGAGGCCGCAGACCACGGCGCCCCCGACGCUGGCGCCAACGGCGUCCCCGACGGUGGCGCCCGGGCUGCCCUGCCCCUGCCUGAAGGACGCCUGCUUCGAGGCCUACGACCGGGAUGCCGACCAGUGCCUCAGGGAGGACGAGUGUGCUGUCCAGGCGCCGCUGACGAACUGCAGCAGCCCGACCUGGGACCUGGACGGGGACGGCUGCGUCAACCUCUCCGUCGAGUGGCCGCUCAUCUUCGACAUGACGAAUGGCAGCGUCUGCCCCGUGGAGGCGAGGGCGGACGCGCCGGAGUGCGGGGAGGGGUACUACCUCGACGGGAACCCAGUGGCCUGCAUCCAGUGCACCACGGGCGCGACGCGUCGGCGACGCUCGUUCGAGUGCUCCGAUUGCGAGUCGGGAGCUUUCGACGCCGGUGACUACGACGACUGCCGCGACGGCAGCUACCUACCGUCUGAUGUCGGCGCGGGAGACUUCAAUAUCCCAGUUACUCCGACUGACCCACCGCUGUCGCCCGGCGACUGCAUCGACAUCGUCUCAAUGUCCCAGUCUGGCGCAUGCAACCAGUCCGUCGAGACGGUGUGCAUUGAGAGCGUGGGUCCUGGCAGUGAGGUCACUCUCACGACGCCCCUGCAGAACAACUACACCAAAUACGCUGGCGUCAUCAUCUCGUGCACGACGGUGGACGGAACGGAGCUCAGCCGCAAGCACGAUUCUAAUGGAAAUUGCGGGUGCAAGUCGGCGACCUGCGACAAGACAACGAUGUGCUCCAUCGGCCCCGACAACUGCACAUCCACGUGCAUCCCGACUGGCCCGUACCCGAUCCACCCGACCCCGGCUCCGACCGUGGGUGCCAAGGGCGACCCGCAUUUGGUCAAUUUGCAGGGCGAGCAUUUCGACAUCAACCACGGUGGGGACUUCGUGCUGCUGCGGCUCCCGCAGGACUCCGCGCAGGACGCCGAACUCCAGCUGUUGGCCACCGUACAGCCAGAGUUCAAGAAGCCGUGCACCACGUACAUCACGCGGGUCGAGCUCUCCGGCUCCUGGCUGGGCAACGUGUCCGUCCAAGUUCGCUCCUACCUCCAGGCCCACCCGGGCCACGAGGGCGCGCAUCUGGGGGCCCGCAUCCUGAGCCCUGGGGGCGGAGCGGCACCCUGGCAGAGCAUGGAGGCCUUCCUGGCCGACGGCCCCGACCUGGUGCUGUCUGCGCCGAACAGCAACUUUCACGUGACGCUGUCCAAGAGCCAGUGGUUCCCCAAGAAGAAGAUAGCGGCAGGCGCGCCCACCGUGGCUGGGAUGUUUACGCUGAGUGUCCAGGCCCGUAAUGCCCCGUCGCCCGCCAAGAUCUUGAUCCGCCAGGACUUGCCGGAGCAGGAGCACCUGAACUUGGCGGUCCAGCGCGUGUCCGCGCUCGGCAGGAUUGACGUGGGCGGCCUUCUCGGCUUCGACGCGCAUCCAGCGAGCCUGGAGUACGUCUCGGGCAAGUGCGAGCACCACCGGGCGACGGAGAAGUACAGCGUCGAGAGCCAGGAGGACAACGGGUACUACUUCACGCCCGUGUGGAAGCAGCGGUGGCAGGAAAUGAAGCAAAAGCGGAAGCUCGACGCAAAUGCCGAGGACGCGCGCGACAACGAAGCAGCUGCCACCCUCAUUGACAGCAAGGGGUUGAGCUCCAAUAUGGUGUGCAAGUGUCCGACCGCGGGGGGGCCUUGGGCCGAGGGCAUCGUCAUCGAGGAGCCGGCCGCACUGUUCGCCGAGGCGUCCUGGGACUGAGGCCGCGGGCGAUCCUGGCCAGCCUCUCUCCGCGUUCGCUGAAUUGCCGCCACUGUGGAGCGUAUAGCGCAAAUCGCCGCAGUGGGUUAGUCGAGAAGCUUUGCCGAGGCCGUCGCUUGCCGCGCGUUUGGCGCGCGGGUGGGGCGUAGCUGGCGUCCCGGCUGUGCUCACGUAUUUGUGCUAGAUCAGCGCGCGGUUGGCGCGUUGGCUGGUGGUUGUCGCAAUGAUUGUUUCGCCGUUUUGAACUGGUUUGCAAAAACUGUUUCGCCGCC